ACGGGUGCUCCAUCCUCAAGCUGUUGUGAACCAGUCACCAUGGAAACGUGCAUCUCAUCAAAAUAUGAAAACAUCAAAUACAAACACGAGAUCAUUCCAGGAUCUCCCUCUAUCUACCGGCUGAUACCAAAACAAAGCAACAUAGGAUCUAUAAGAAGACUGACUCUCGGUGAAAGAGAUUCAACAAAGAUAAACAAAACCAUCUUGCUUGUUGGUGAAACAGGCGCAGGAAAAUCAAGUCUGAUCAACGCUCUGGUUAACUUCGCCCUGGGAGUGGAGUUUGAGGACAAUGUCUGGUUUCAGAUGGUACAGGAAAAGGAGAAGAGUCAAACAGAAAGUCAGACGUCAGACGUGAUCGUGUACGAGGUCUUUGGUCUUGAAGACAGAACUCUGCCCUUCUCUCUGACCAUCAUCGAUACUCCCGGAUAUGGUGACACCAAAGGGAUUGACAAAGAUGUCCUCGUCAGUGAAAGAUUGUUGGACUUGUUUCGCUCAACAGAUGGAGUUCAUGAGAUCGAUGCAGUGUGUCUGGUGCUGAAAGCGAGUGACAAUCGACUGAGUGACCGACUGAUGUACGUCUUUGAUUCAGUGGUGUCUCUGUUUGGAAAAGACAUAGAGAAGAACAUCGUUGCCCUCAUCACACACUCAGAUUUUUUGACACCUACAAAUGUUCUGCAAGCUCUGAAAGAAGCAAAAAUCAGGUGUCCAAAAAACCAGAAGGAUCAGCCUGUUCAUUUCAUGUUCAAUAAUGCCCAGAAAACAGAGAAAAAUGAAGAUAAUGAGGAUCAUAUAGAGUAUAUAUGGAACUCAACAAUGAAGCAAAUCAAAAAAUGUGCAGUUUUCCUGAAAAAUACUGAACCUCAGAACCUAGACAAAACCAUUGAAGUGCUGAAAUCACGCAUCAGACUGGCAGCCUGCAUCCACAACCUGCAGGAGAGAAUUCAAUUCAUUGAACUGAAACAAAGAGAGAUCCAACAGACUCAGGAAGGUCUGAAGAAACACGAACAAGACAUGAAGAAUAACGAGGACUUCACAAUAGAAGUUGAUGAAGUCUAUAAAAUAAAAGAACCUGUAGAAGUUAGGGAGAGUUGGUGGAGGUAUUUAGGGUUAAAUAAUGCAGGAGCUACCUGCUGUGACGACUGUAAGGAGACUUGUCACUUUCCAUGCGAAGUGGCCUCGGGUCCACGUAAGUGUGAUGUCAUGCGAAAUAAAUGCACAAUAUGCAACAAAGAGUGUAGUAUAUCAGGUCAUGAGAAUGAGCUCCACUGCACAUCAUGUACUGGAAAGUGUCAUGUAUUAAAACAUGUGAAAGAACAACGAUGCACUGAAUGUGAGGAUGAGUGCAGGGAUCCAAGUCAUCCAAAAACACCCUGGAGAUAUGUGACCAAGACAAAGAGAGUUACUAGGACCAUACAUCAGAUGAAAGACAUGUAUGAGAAGAGUGAAAAAGGCAGUGAAGAGAAAGCUAGCCUCUUGGAAACUCUCCAGAAGAUCAUAGAAGAACUUCAGAAAGAAAAAGAUCAGUUGCUCGAAGAGUCUUUCCAACAUGUUGAGAGACUGGAGGAGAUCGCCAUGAAGGUUGUUUCACUCUCCACUCAUGUCCACCUGGACGUCCUGAUUGAGAAGAUGAAGGAGAAGGGAGACACAGAGAAGGCCAUGAAACUGGAAAUGAUGAAAAGUAAAAUGGAGGAAAAUCCAAGAAUAAGAUCAGUUCUGAGUUACAUGUCUACAGCAAUUGGUAAAACAGCAGCUUCUGGUAAAGCCGUUUGGGAUCGCCUCAGAGGAAACACAGCUGAGCAGAAAACAGGCUCUACACUUUGA